CCCCUCCAAGGCUCAGAUCCCGCCUCCCCUGAGCUCCUAGCCAUCGUCCAUCCUGCGGACAAGACGUCGAACCUUGCACCUGAGGCCUAUCUCAUAUCAGAAAUCUCAUAUCAGAAAAUACCAGUAGUCACUCGGCCGUCCCUUGAACCUUGCGCCAGUCCAGAUCCUUCCCGGGCUGUGUUGGGAGCACGUCGCGCGCUUUUCUUUUCACUCGCCACGACGCCAAGCAUUAGUCAUCGCCCAUCUCACAUCUCUCUCAACAUGGCAACUUCACGGCCUCUCAUAGUCGGGCCCGACUCGGGCCCGGAACCGCCAUACCCGCUGAAAAUGGAGGGCAAGGUCAUAUCCGGCUUUGGCAGGGGAUCCAAGGAGCUCGGCAUCCCCACGGCCAACCUCCCCGUGGACGAGGCAGUGACGCCCUGGAUCGCCGACAUCAAGUCCGGCGUCUACUUUGGCUGGGCCUCGCUCGACCUGCCCGCCUCCCACCCGCAGGCCUCCUCCUCCUCCUCCUCUUCCUCUUCCCCCCACUCGGGCGGCGGAUCCUUUUCCGUCUUCCCCAUGGUCAUGUCCAUCGGCUACAACCCCUUCUACAAGAACACGGUCCGGAGCGCAGAGGUGCACGUGCUGCACCGCUUCGACGCCGACUUUUACGGCGCCCGCAUGCGCCUCCUGAUCCUGGGCUUCAUCCGCGACGAGCUCGACUACUCGACCCUCGAUGCCCUCGUCCGGGACAUCAACCUCGACUGCGACGUCGCUCGCAACAGCCUCGCCCGCGACGCCUGGGCCCCGGCCUCGGGCGGGAGGGAGAAGGGCUCGCUCGGGGGCGAGUGGCUCACCAGGGAGGCGGGGGCGGGCGCGGGGGAGGCUGCUUGAGCUAGUUCCGGUUAGGGAGGAGCGCUCGAGCAGGCUGUCUUUUCCCCCAUGAGUGAACACCUUUUCUGACUCCUGAAUUGCCUCCCUGUAUCGUGUAGUUUCGUCACUUUGCCCGGUGUUAUGUAAAUAUCAAAUCAAACGUCAUCAGACCGGCACUGAAUUCUAUCAGCCGAAAACAACACCCGGGUAUAGUAUAAUUAGAAUGUGGAAUGACAAAAAAACGCGUGAAGCUAACUCGCUCCCAGCUCGGUCACAGCCC